AUGCCAGUCACAUUCGGAUCCGUCGGCGACAUCAUUGCGGUAUGCCUACUUGUCAAAGACCUUGUCGAGGCGCUAGACAAACGCCACGGGUCCUCCGCAGAAUAUAAAGCCGUCAAAGGAGAACUCUGGGUGCUCGAACGGACGCUAUUAGAGGUGGAAAGAGCUUCCAGAAAAUUUGGCAGUACUCCCGAGCUCAACGCCACAUGCGAGACCACACGGCACGCUGUAGAGAACUGCCAGGUAUCCGUUGCAGCAUUCUCGGCCAAGCUGAAGAAAUACGCGCGGACACUAGGAAGCGGAAUUCCAGCCAACCCUGUGAGCACUGUUGCCGCGAAGGUGCGAUGGCAAGUGUCAGAGAGGGAGGAACUUACAAAGUUCCGUGCGGAAGUGGCAGCUCACAACAGCUUCAUCAGUACGCUGCUGGUUACAGCUGGAAUGGAUCUUGCACACCUCAACCAGAACGAGACCAAUGAUCUACUGGAUGAGCAGAGCAAACGUCUUACCGAGCUGGACUCGAAGCUGACAGAGAACAAUCAUCUUGUAUCUUCAUCUAUUGCUGCUAUUAUGGCGAAGAUGACGGAGCUGUUGCAGCUUGGUCGGCUCAGGCAAAUUGGCACAGACUUGAUCAGUCUUGGGCAGAAGGUUUUGUUCGUCCACCUGGCCACAUACAAAGCUGUCAUGGAGAUCCAGAAAGGACUUCCAAGUCACCUGGAACGGAGUCUCAUUCAAGAGCCUUUUAUUCUCGAGGACGCGAUCGGACGGAUAUUCCCCGUUCAUUUACAGUUCAUCAGCUCGUGGGAAGCCUUCGAUGCCGUCCUCGAGGAUCGAUUCCGAAACUUCCGAGGUUAUGAAAAGGUGCGCAACAGCGAAUACGUCCUCCAAGAUCACUCGACCCGGCGAGACAUUACCAGAUCAAGAAAAUGGGAUGCGGCGUUCCUUCCUGGGCAGAAGAUAGAGAUGACUAUGCUAUUUGAGGAGCUAAAAGAUCCCCAUUCAUCCGAAACCACAUCAUGUCCAGGAUGUAAGCGAGUCUCUGAUGGUGGUCAUGAUACUGAAGUACAUUGGUAA